AUGACCCCCAAAGCCAACACCAGCCAAAAGCGCAAACGCACUCCGACCAAAGAGAAGGAAUCCAAAAAACAGCGCAAGACAAAGAAAACCAAGACCCUCAAGACCAGCGCACCACCAUCAUCCCCGGACACCCAAUCCCACGCCACCAUAACACCCCCCCAAACCCCAACACCACCGCGGUCCUUCUCGGUCGAAACCCUCUCCCCCAGCGACAAAGCCGCCCACAACCGCCUGCAGCAGCAGAUCCUCGCCGAGACCGAGAUCCUGCACGUCUACCUCCGCAGCCUCCGCAACCGGCUCACGCAGACGCCCUCGCGCGACGCACAGUACGCGAUCUGCAAAGCCAACGCCAAGGGCAUCGCAGCGCAGUACGCGAUCCUGGCGGACCUGAGAACGGAGCUCGAGUAUUUCGGACGCAGCGUCGAGCUGCAUGCGCUGGAUGCGGCGGCGGCGGCAGCGAAGCACAAGACAACCGGCGAGCUGCAGAGUCCCAGCUGGGCGGAGGUGGUCGCGGCAUGGGGCCAGCCGGUCGCGGAUCGUGUGAGGCGCUACACCCAUUCCGUUACCUUCUGCAUGUCCCUGGCUUGGUUCGCCAAGCGGGGGUUCGAGUGGAAGACGGUCGCGAAUCUGCUGGUGACGGCGGUGAUCAGCCGGCUGGAUGACUCCAGGCGGCCGAGUCAGCUGGCGCUGCUGACGGCGGAUGCGGUCUACGCGAAGAAGGAGAUCCCGCGGCCUGCGCCGGUGCUGGCGGCGAAGGAUGUGCUGAGGGUCGGGUGUCGGUUGGAUCGGUUCGGGUUGCUGGUGCCGCUUUCGGUGGAGGAGAGGGAGUGGGCGAGGUUCUUGUAG